UUUCAUGUUCCAGGGUGGUCCAGACAGACGCAGUCAUGCCUGAAGGUCCGGAGCUCCAUCUAUCUUCGCUGUUUAUCAAGAGAGUGAGUGAUUCAAAAUCAUUCAUCGGCAAAAUUGUGGAGCGGCUGCCCGCCAACAGAGAGCCAAGGCUGGUGGAUUUCAACAAACGCCUCGGUGACAACGCGUGUUACACUCUGACGUCAUGGUCUCGAGGGAAAGAGCUUAUGUUGACAGUGAAGCCACUUAAAUCGAAAUGCCCAAAUGCAUCCUACAAACCGGAGGAAUGGACAAUUCGCUUCAAUUUUGGAAUGACUGGGUGCUUCAAAUUCACGAAGACUGCUGACACACCCAAGCAUGCCAAAGUGUGCUUCCGCACGGCCGGCGAGCCGUCCUACACGCUGAGCUUCGUGGACAUGCGCGGCUUCGGCCGGUGGGUAGCGAGUCCCGAGUGGUCGAAGGACCGCGGCCCGUGCAUCCUGCAGGAGGCCGACCUCUUCCGUGCCAACGUGCUCGACAAUCUGGCCGUCUCCGUCUUCAACAAGCCUAUAUGCGAGGCCAUGCUGGAUCAGCGCUACUUCAACGGGGUCGGCAACUACCUGCGCGCUGAGGUCCUGCACAGGCUGUCUGUACGCCCGUUUGAGAGCGCAGCGGGACGUGCUGGCGCCGCUGCCCUGGAGGCGCUGGAACCGCAGCCGGCCGUCAAGAAGGAAGAAGGGGAUGAGGUUUGA